GAGCACAGUAAUUAAAGUAGACAGUCUAGCAGUAAUUGAUUAAACGCGUGAGCGCGAUAAUACGCGUCUAUAGAUAUUCAGCAUCCUCGAGGACGUGACUCUGAAUGAAUGGGAAUGAGCCGUGAUCUAUUUUUAUCCCGCGCGCUGGUGCAGGUGCACAGGUCAGAGCAGGCGGAAGUGACGUGCGCGCUCACGAGACUCGCAUUAAACCGUCGGGAUUAGAUCGGAGGAUAGUCGAGCGGAGCUCAGCCGAGUUAAACGGUGCGAAGAGAAGAGGAGAUACUUUGCGGUAGAAGCAUCUCGGGAAAUGAGCGUCAACUUCACUGGAGGUACAAACCGUGUGUCAUAAACUCCGACAGAAUUAAUCUGUAAAGCCUGGCCUCUCAUUUCCUGUCGGGUGAGGAGGGCAUCUGCCCAUGCACACACACGGCACCAUGGGAAGCUCCCCAGAGGUGCUGUCCUGGACGUCCUGUCCCAGCCUGUUGGUGGGGAAGCUGAAGGAGGAGCUGAAGCUCACGGUCGUCGGCGACUCCAUAAAGAAAACCAAUAGUAACAUUUCUCCUCAAGCGCUGCUUCCUCCGGCGCUUCCUCCGCCGCAGAUCAUUGCAGACCUGGCUCCGCCCACCACCCUUCCCAUGCCGCUGCAGCAGCUUCAGCUUCCCUGCAGGGACGACGAGCCAGGCGGCACCAGCCCGCCGUGCACCGCCCUCAGCGAGGACUCGACGCGGGAGCAUGGACACUUCGAAAACAGUGUUCUGCAGCUGCAGGAACACGAGGAGGCCGAGACACCGGGAUCCUGUGGUCAGGGAGGCUGCGGAAGCGGUGGAGAGGAGAAAAACGAGGAGGGCGGGUGUCCGAUGGACCACAGCGGAGAUGACACGCACCACCAUCCACAUGACGACAUCAAACUGCACUUUCAUAGAGCUGGGACGGGCAGCGGCGGAUUUCUGGAGGGGCUGUUCGGAUGUUUGAGACCCGUGUGGAAUAUUAUCGGGAAAACAUACUCGACCGAGUACAAACUUCAGCAGCAAGUAGACAUGUGGGAGGUGCCAUUUGAGGAGAUCUCUGAGCUGCAGUGGCUGGGCAGCGGAGCUCAGGGCGCCGUGUUCCUCGGGAAGUUCCGCUCCGAAGAGGUCGCCAUCAAGAAAGUCCGAGAGCAGAAGGAGACGGAUAUCAAACAUCUGCGCAAGCUGAAGCACCCCAAUAUCAUCAGCUUCAAGGGUGUUUGCACGCAGGCCCCGUGUUACUGCAUCAUCAUGGAGUACUGUGCUCAAGGGCAGCUGUACGAGGUUCUCAGGGCCGGUCGUAAGAUCUCGCCGCGGCUGCUGGUGGACUGGGCCUCAGGGAUUGCCAGCGGCAUGAACUACCUGCACCUCCACAAGAUCAUCCACAGAGACCUCAAGUCACCAAAUGUGCUAGUCACUCAAAGUGACAACGUGAAGAUCUCAGACUUUGGAACAUCUAAAGAGCUCAGUGACAAGAGUACGAAGAUGUCAUUUGCGGGUACGGUGGCCUGGAUGGCUCCCGAAGUGAUCCGGAAUGAGCCGGUGUCAGAAAAAGUAGACAUUUGGUCGUUCGGGGUGGUGUUGUGGGAGCUGCUGACCGGUGAGAUCCCCUAUAAGGACGUGGACUCAUCUGCUAUUAUUUGGGGUGUGGGCAGUAACAGCCUCCAUCUGCCUGUGCCGUCCACCUGUCCCGACGGCUUCAAGAUCCUCAUGAAACAAACCUGGCAAGGUAAACCCAGAAACCGGCCGUCCUUCAGGCAGAUCCUUCUCCAUCUGGAUAUCGCCUCGGCUGAUGUGCUCGGGACGCCACAGGAGACCUACUUCAAAUCUCAGACGGAGUGGAGAGAGGAAGUGAAGAAGCAUUUCGAGAAGAUCAAGAGCGAAGGCACCUGCAUCCACCGACUGGACGAGGAGCUGAUUCGCCGCAGAAGAGAUGAACUCAGACACGCUCUGGAUAUCCGAGAGCAUUACGAGAGGAAACUGGAGCGAGCCAAUAACCUCUACAUGGAGCUCAGCGCUAUCAUGCUGCAGCUGGAGGUGCGAGAGAAAGAGCUGCUCAAGAGGGAGCAGGCUGUGGAGAAGAAGUAUCCCGGCACGUACAAACGCCACCUGGUUCGGCCCAUUGUGCGGCCCAACGCUGUUGAGAAGCUCAUUAAGAAAAAGAGCAGCAUGAACCAUAAGCCCGGGACACAGCAGCCAAAGAGGCCGGAUCUGCUGCGCUCUGAUGGCAUUCCCAGCGUCGAGCCUCUUCCUGCUCCGUCCCCGUUGUCAGGAAGCCCAAAAGUGUCCACCCCGCCUGGGAAAACUCGGUACCGCAGUAAACCCCGCCACCGGAGGGCCAACAGCAAAGGCAGUCACAACGAGUUCCCAGGAGCCCUCAAACUCAACUCGGCCCCAUCAGAGGAACAGCAGCCCCUACAGGACAGGGAGCAAAGCUUCCAUCACCAUCAUCCCCCUCCGCUCGAGGGUCCGCUGUUACCGGUGAAGAACCGCGAAAACGCCGUAGCCACCUGCGCUAACAACCUGCGCUACUUUGGCCCGGCCGCCCCUCUCCGCAGCCCACAGACCGACCACCUGCAGCGGAGGCUGUCUGGCUCCAGUCCCGACCUCAUUUCCACCGCCGUGGACGCUGAUUCACGCCACCGCAGGUCCUCUGUUCCUCCGUCCGCGGGCUCCGGGGCCUGCUGCCAGACGCAUCCGUUCCCCGGCUGCAUGCACUGUCAGGAGACGCCGGCCGCUCCCAGCCACCCCGAGCUCCCGCAUUACUCACUGCUGAGCACGUGCGAAAAGACGCCGCCCGCCGUCAAGAGAGCGAUGGAGCCCACGGCCGAAGGAGAAGCAGCGGGACAGCAGCCGGAGCAGAGAUCCAGCGGCCUGCUGCACUCACUCAGACCCCUGAGAAACGCGGGAGACGAGUCGUCUGAGGAAGAGGAAGGAGAGGUUGACAGCGAGGUGGAGUUUCCACGCAGGCAGCGGCCUCAUCGCUGCAUGAGCAGCUUCCAGUCGUACUCCACCUUCAGCUCGGAGAACCUGUCGGUGUCUGACGGCGAGGAGGGAAACACCAGCGAUCACUCGCACAGCGGCCCGCUGGAGCAGCUCAGCGCCAGUCAGGAGGAGCAUCUGGACGAGCUCCUGUCCCACACGCCGGAGAUCCCCAUCGACAUCUCCACGCAGUCCGACGGCCUGUCUGAUAAAGAGUGCGCCGUCCGCCGGGUCAAGACCCAGAUCUCUCUGGGCAAACUGUGUGCUGAUGAGCACAGCUAUGAGAAUCCGCUGCAUUUCGGAGAUUCCGACUGCGACACGUCGGAUGCAGAAUGUUCCGACGCUACCAUCAGGAACAAACAGCCCUGUGCACCUUCAUCCUGGUGAGCGCCAGCCUUCGGAGGAAACACGGCAAUAAUCCACGCCUGACCCGUCUGAUCAGCCCUUCCCAUAAUCCACCUCUCUCUCUCUCUCUCUCUCUCUCUCUCUGAGCAUCUCAGGCAGAUUCCUCUGAAGUGAUAAUGUAGCUAGAGUAACACGCAUAAUUUAUUUUAUUACGAGCCAGAGGAAACGCAAAACGAAAUCAGGAACUCGAAUAACAACGACAACAGGAGCAUAAAUUCAGAGUGUUAGCGCUCAAGUGUUCAAGGCAACUCGAUUUUAACCAGUUAGUUAGUUAGUUAGAAGUCUGCAAGAAUGUGUGUAUAUAUAUAUAUGUCUGUAGGAACGUGAGCGAAAGUGUUAAGUGCGUAGCUUGAGGAUCCAUUCCAUGAUGGGACCCGCCAGACCUGUCUCUGGCCACCUGCUACUUCCUGAGUUUACAGAAACAACGCCCUUUAGGGUAACUUUAGUUUGAGCACCAGCAGGAACGAUGUCCUUCCUUGUUUCUUUUGCUCUUUUUGACUUCCAAGACGUGUAGAAAUAUCCCAGCAUGCCUGCUUGGUCGGCAUUUGAUCAGCCAAUCAGACUGCUGCUGCUGCUGCUGCUGCUCGCCUCUACGGACGAACAGGAAGUCAAAGAACAACUGCUCUAGUGGAACGUCUUUAAUGAUCAAAUCAGUGUUUGAUGCGAACCCGAGCAGAUUUUUUCCUCAUCUCAGGACUGUGUUUGAAGAGACGCUGCGGACGGAGAGCGGGACGCUCAGCGUGCGAAAGUAUGACAUCAACCACAAAGAGUUUCUUUUCUUCCGUCGUCUUUAUGUUGACGUGAAAAAUGAAGAGAUGUGCACUGCUGGUCAAAAGAUUGAAAUGAUGAAGAUUUUUAAUGUUUUUGGAAAAGUUUUGCUCAAAAAUGCUGAAAAAUCAGUAAAACUGUGAAAUAUUUUUACAAUUUCAAAUAACUGUUUUCUAUGUGAAUAUAUUGUCAAAUGUAAUUUAUUUCUGUGAUCAAAGCUGAAUUUUCAGCAUCAUUACUCCAGUCUUCAGUGUCACAUGAUCCUUCAGAAAUCAUUCCUAAUACGCUGAUUUGCUGCUUCAUUAUUAUUGGUGCUCAAUUAUUAAUAAUGUUUUUUAUUAUUAUCAAUAUUGAAAACAAUUGUCAGGUAUUUUUGCGAAAACAAUAUUUUUUCAGAAUUAUUUUGAUGAAUAGAAAGUUCAAAAGAACAGCAUUUAUCUGAAAUAGAAAUCUUUUAUAACGUUAUUAACUGUCACUUUUGAUCAAUUUAAUGCAUCCUUGCUGAAUAAAAGUAAUAAUUUCUUCUUUUUAUCUUAUGCUUUCCACAAAAAUAUGAAGCAGCACAACUGUUUUCAACAUUGAUAAUAAUCAGAAAUGUUUCAUGAGCAGCAAAUCAGCAUAUUAGAAUGAUUUCUGAAGAAUGAUGCUGAAAAUUCAGCUUUGAUCACAGCAAUCAAUUACAUUUUAACAUAUAUUCACAUAGAAAACAGUUAUUUUAAAUUGCAAUAAUAUUUCACUAUUUGUACUAUAUUUUUGAUCAAAUAAAUGCAGCCUUGAUGAGCAGAAGAGACUUCUUUCAAAAACUUAAAAAAACAAAAAAAACUAAGCGGCAGUGGUGAUGUUCUGGAGAUGCAGUGUCCCUGUAGAGUUAAUGGGAUCGUUUACCCAAAAAACUAGUGUAAAAUUCAUGUUCCAAACCGAUUUGACUUUCGUUCUUCCAUGCAGCCUGUCGAGCUCCAAAAUGACCAAAAAAAGACCAUAAAAGUAUCAUAAUAUUGCGUCUGUGUUCCAUGCAAGAAAGUCACAUGGGUUUGGAACAACACAAAUGUGAUUUUUGGUUAAAGCAUCCCUCUGAAGCGUCUGUAAUGUGUUUGUGUGUUUAUAGCGUGCCGUUCAAGGAGACCGCAGAAGCACAGGCCUCGUUUGUUUAAGGGCCGCGGGUGAAUCAGCAAUAACGUCGGUUUUGCGCUCAGGCUAUUGAGAAUCAUUCGCUCAGGAUGACUGUCUAGCAGGCUGGACAGCCGCGAGGCGUAAGGCGAGUCGGAAAUAAAGUGCUUUGUAAAAGACCUCUAUUUUUGCAGACUUGAGUUCAUUUAUUUUUACACGUCGAGUUUUUUUGAGUAAAAAAGAAAAAGGCAAGAAAAAGAAAUGGAAGAACUCCCGUGCUUUUUGCUGGUUUAUGCUCAGGUUCAAUGCUUUAUAGUGCAAAUGAGUCUCCACUAGGGAAAAACGCUUUAUUUGUUUGUCUUGUACCGGUCUUUGGAAAAUUUUGCACUGCACUUAAAUCCAGUCAUUUUUGUGAACAAAACAUAAACUGGAUUAAAUUGCAGUGUGAACACUGUAUAGUCCGUGUGUGUUUUUAUUUGUCGUUUCCUUAUGAAAGGGGCACUGCAUCGUCUGGCAUGUCUAUAUUUAAUUGUUGCAUUCAUAUUUACCCUGUGUUUAGAUAUAGAUGUUAUAGUACUAGUUAAAAUGCCUCGUUCAUCAUCAGUAAAUGCAGCCGAAUGUGUUUCUGAACCGGAUACGGCACGUGAAAUAAACUGUGAAUGGUAUUAUUAUUAUUAUUAUUAUUUUCCGACAUCUUACUAAAAGAAUCCUUGCAAGACGUAAUUCCACAUUAAAACAACAGUAUCAUUGAGUUUAUGAGAAAAGCUGUGAGUUUGCAGCAUAUGAACAAAGCAAAGGCCACUGGAAACAAACUUUAGGUCAACGUGGAAUCAAAACUUUUUUGGUUUUCAUUUUUAACCCCUUUUGUUUAACCCCAUUCUGGUACAUAACGCCCAUUUUUAACUAUUCAAUCAAUUUCUGAUGGAUAUAAAUCCAGUUUCACCAAAAAAUAUUAAAGAUUACAGAAGCAAAAUGGGUUGUGAACAGCUUUUCAAUAUUGACUUCACGUCUACGAAGGGCAAAACAAGCCAUUAUUACUGUACAAUUUUUGUCAUUUCUGUUCAGUGUGAUGGUAACGUGCUAAAAACACAAGGUGUGUUUAGAUGAAGUGAACUAAUUGUAACGAAGGCAAACCGAAAACACGCACCAACCUCAUUCUCUCCGUUUACGUGUUCUGCUAAAGAUCAGGCCUGGGUUUUUAGUGAAUGAUGUAUGAAGUAUGAUGUAUGAAGUCUUUCCGGCCACAGCGCCACCACAAAUCCUGUAAAUUAUGAUUUAAUUUAAUUUAAUUUAAAAAUGUAUGUCUUUUUUUUUUUUUGUAGCUGGUCUACACGAUCAUUAAUUUAUUUUGAAGCACUAGCUGUUAAUUUCUGUGUUUCUUCAUCUCAUAAUUGUCUCAUGUAUGUUAGAAUUGUCUUCAGAAGUAUUACUGAUGAGGUGAGAUGGCAUCUUAAAGGAAUAAUUAUCUCAGAAAUGGACAUUUGAUCAUUUUCUUAUGGAAGCCCAUUUCUGCCAUGAAAUAUAAACAUAAAAAAGAUAAACACUGUCACAAAUACCUUUUUUAUUUGACUUAUUUUAUAGCAGAAAAAAACAUAAUUGCGAGAUAUAAACUAAGAAUUCCAAGAUAUAAACUUUAAAAAUAUAUAUAUAUAUUUUAUGGUUUGAAAAAUGUUUUUAAAAAAUGUUUUAAAAAAAGUCAGAAUAGCAAGAUAUAAACUCUUUUUUUCUCAGAAUUGAAUUUAUGUGUUGCAAUUUUUUCUCAAAAUUUUGAGAGGAAAAAAGUCCAAAUUGUUAGAUGAAAGAAUUGUGAGUUAAAAAAUCCGAAUUUUUCGUGUGGCAGAAUCAAGCUUCCAUAUUUUCUUCACCUGUAUGUUAUUAUGGAAAACGGGGGGGGGAAUAUCGGGACAUUUAUUAUAUCUGAACACUUUUCAGAUGUCAUUUUCAUAGACCAUUGUUUCUAGCAAGAGAUAAUUGGCUCACAUUUAAUCAUUGUAAUAAAAUGACAAACAUGUUCUGGUUGUAAAGAUAACUCCAGUGUCAUACACAGAGAAUUGAAAGUAUGAACCGUACCGUUUCUCCUGCCAUCAUCUGUCCUUAUUCACGUUAACCAUUUUUAAUUGCUUUGUCAACUACUACAUAUACAGGUAUUUAAAAAUGAACUAUUUUUGUGCAGAAUAUCUUCAGCUCUGGGCUCAUUUUCCUCCUCCAGUUUGUUUCUUACUCAUGUCUCGGCCCUUUUCCUUCCUUAUCUUGAAUGGUGUUAUGAUCAACCAAUCCUAAUAAUUUUCUGUAAUAGCCUGUGUACAGUGCGACAGGAGUGACUUGUAAAAUCAAGGCAGAGCAACUGCAUGGAAUAAACACUGAUGUACU